CCCGUCGAGUUCUCGAAGGUCGCCCGGAUUAUAGUCCCAAGAUCUGAGCCUUCAACUUCGAAACCACAGAACCAGGAUUUACUUGUCGGACCCCGGCAGCCAUUCCUAGAAGAUCGCCAGACUCUCGCUCAGCUAUACGGAUUUCUUCUUGGGAAGUGCCGAAGAGCGCAAGAACUUCACCUCUUCACUUUCAGUCACAUCAUCUCCUCAUCUCCGGCAUCUACUGUGAUUUCGAUGCAAGAGAAAAUUAUUGCAGCAGAUUAUUGGACUGAAGAUUUCCCACUGGGCUCCUUCUGCGCAAUCAUCCCGGCUCAUACGUAUAUUCCUUACCUUGAAUCGAUACAAAACGAACCCCAGUCUCUGAAUCAACCCCUCAAAUCUCUUGACUCUCGAUUACAAGCCGCCCUGAAGGUGAAGCAUGCGAAAACGAGAGUACGAUUGCUGGAACUCUUGACUAUACUAGUAGGGUUGAAAUUAGAGGGGUUGGAGGGGUAUCGGGAGUGA